CACCUGUUCCAUACGGAACGAAUGAAAAAAUACCUAAAUUAGUCUUUCUUUUAUUAUAAAAUAAAAUGCCCACAUAUGAAUUAGCGUUGAUGUUACGGGCUAUGCCUAAACCAGAACUUAAGACCACAUUAAGGCGCGUGUCAAAUGCUAUAUUUGAUCGUGGUGGAAUUAUAAGGAAUAUAGAAAACUUGGGAUUCAGGCCAAUGCCUUACAAAACCAGUGCUCACAACCUAGUACAUCGAGAAGCUAAUUAUUUCAUGUUCAAGAUCGAUACAGCAACUCAAACCGUUGCCGAUUUGAAAGAAGAAUACAGUAGAGAUGUGGAUAUUAUCAGACAGCGAGUAUUCAAAGUGAAAGAGGAAAGUAACCAUAUUUGCACCCUGGAAUCUGAACUUUUGCCGCCCGCUUACCGCGACGAAGUUCAAAAGAUGAUAGAGAUCGGAAAGACGCAAGUCAAUAGGUUCACAUAUAAGUUCAAAUAUAAUUCUGGUUUAGACUAUUAUCCUUUCCAGAAAUAGUAAUCAUCCGUAAAUGGUUGACAUAAUUCUAUAUAAUAGUUAGAAUUUUUAUAAAACUAGUUGAUUAAAUUAUGCUUAAUUAAAUGCAUUCUUUUAUUCAUGAGCAUAACCAAAAAUUAGUAGCAGUAGAGCUGCUUGUAAAAGUUUGUCUAGGGAAGUACUGCCACCUUACCUAUUUCUG